AUUGUGACUUUCCAAAAUUAAAAAUAGGAUUAAAUUAAGUUUUAUAUAAAAAUGGAACCAGGAGUACUCACGAAAGUUUUAUCCGACUUUUUAACGAUUGUUGAUGGAGAGUUAAGUUUACAUAAAGGAGAACAUUUCUUGGUAUAUAGUGUCAUAGAUAAGCACUGGUGUUAUGGAGAAUCUCGUGGCAGAACUGGAAAAUUUCCUUCAAGUCACUUACACAAAGUAGAAAUUCCAUCAUUCCAUGAUUCUGAGUGUUUGUUUGUAUCAAUUGCUAGCUUUCCAGGACAACAAGAUGGAGAUCUAUGUUUUUCCGAAGGAGAAAUUAUUAUUGGAGUACAAGAUGUUGGAUCUGGAUGGUACUUAGGUCAAGUAAAUUCUAAAAAGGGUAUUUUUCCACUAACACAUGUAUGGCAAAUUGACACUAAGUUAUUGAAGAAAGCUUUGGAAAAAAAGAUUACAAGAAAAAAAGCUAGAAUAAAAACUAAUUUAAAAGCGCAACUUGAGGAAGAACUUGAUUUGGUAGAAGGUGAAAUAGUCACUGUCACAGAAAUUCUAGGUGAUGGUUGGUGCUAUGGAACAACAAACGAUGGCAAAAUGGGUAUGUUUCCAGAAGGAUUUAUAUCUUAUAUAAAUGACAGCACAGAUCAAAUAGAUACAGCAUCUGUUACGGACAAUAAUUCUUCUAUAUCUAUAAAUUGCAAUGAAAGUAUAUAUAGAAACGUUGAAGAAACACCUUCUGCAAGAUCCUGUGUGGAAGAACCUGCACCAAAUUAUUAUGAUUUAUUUCCUGAAUUCAAACCAACUUCUUCAAGUGUAACAGAAGAUAUAAAAAAUACCAAUAAUCCGAAUACAUUAGAUGUAAAUCCAUAUGCUAUAACUCUAUACCCAUUUAGUGCUCAAUUUCCAAAUGAGCUUAAUUUUGGAGCAGGAGAAGUGGUACAUCUCAUUAAACAUGUAGAUUCAGAAUGGUUAGAAGGUACGAUAGAUAAUCAAAAAGGCAUUUUUCCUAUGUCUUACGUUAACAUCAUAGUUGAUUGUAGCGAAACGAACAAUGAACAAAAUUUCUGUAAUCAAGAAACAAACACUAUACAAUAUGAUGAAUUAGUGUCUGGAACUGAAGCAAAAGUGGAUUACACUUUUAAAGCUCAAAUGGAUGGAGAUUUGACUAUUUUUGAAGCUGAUACAGUUAAAGUAAUUAAUAUGGUAAAUUCAGAUUGGGUUAACGUUGAAGAUCACUUUGGUAAAGUUGGUUUAUGUCCAAGAGGUUACUUGAGUUCAUUGCCUGUAGAAUCAUCAGAUGUUAAUAUUUUGGAAGAUUUUGUAAUAAUACGACACGAUGACGCAAUUCGUGAAAGAACAGAGGAAGAAAAAUCAAAAAGACUUUCAGAACCUCAUAGACCAGCACCACCUGUACCUGCACCGGGUAGUACUCCGCUACAGAAGGGUGUAACAGAGAAUAAUUCAAUUCUAGAUAAUAUGAAUCAUCAAAUCAACAUUACUGAUAAUGAUAAUUUAGAAAUUAAACAGAAAAGGGCAGACCAAAGACAGAAUGUUAUAUCGGAAUUAGUUCUCACCGAAAAGGAAUAUGUUCGCGACUUAAGAAUGACAUAUGAAACAUUUAACUUACAUAAUCCAAGUCAACUUGAAUCUUUGGGAAUAGAUGUGACUACUUUAUUCGGAAAUCUUUUUGACGUUAUUCAAGUUGCAGAAGAAUUAUUAGAUCUGAUACUAAGAGCAAUGAAGGGAUGUGAUGAAGAAUUACAAACUAUUGGUCCUUGUUUUACAAGAAUGGCUGAAAAACUAAAAGGCGUCUAUGUAAAGUAUUGUGGAAAUCAUGAAGCUGCAUUAUUUUUAUUAAAGAAGUAUGAGAAUAAUGAAGAAAUAAUGAAAGUAUUCAACAAAGGAAUUGAAACAUUGCGGUAUCAAGUAGCUUGCUUUGAUAUGAGUUCUAUUCUUAUAAAGCCAGUACAACGAAUAUUAAAGUAUCCCCUUAUAUUAUAUGAGUUAGUAAAGUGUACUGAUGAUAACCAUCCAGAUAAAUCUACAGUUGAGGAAGCAUGGAAGACUAUGACUGCUGUUGCUAGUCAUAUUAACGAAUAUAAACGUAGAAAAGACUUAGUAUCAAAAUAUUUGGGUAAUUGCAACACAUUAAUAGGAAAAAUGGCUAAACUUAAUAUGCAUUCUGUGGCAAAAAUGUCUACCCGAUUAAGUGCACGAUUUUCUGCUAGUUUAGGAUUAACAAAUGUUGCUAUUGACCCAGAAUUUGAAGAACUUGUGAAACAAUUUAGAUCUGUUGAAAAAUGCGUCUUACAUUUAGCUAAAGAUGCUGAACAGUGCCUUACAUAUUUAAGCGAUGAAGCUAUUUCUGGAGAAAUGAUAUCAGAUUUCUUGAUUCAAUAUUAUCAAGGAACACCUAAUGUUGAAGCAGUGAGACUUAGAGACAUAAGGUCCACAAUUUGGUCACAAUUUGUACAAGAAUUGAAGAUAUGUUUGAAAAAUAGAGUUAGUGCACCAGUUAAUUGUUUAGCAACUUUAUUAGAGGGACCUGCUGUGUUAAUAACGAAGACACAUGACAAAUUACUUGAUUAUGAUGCUGCUAUCUCUAAGAGUGAAAAAUAUAAAGAAUCAAGAAUUGCACAAGAUGAAUUAUCAACAGCAAAAAGUAAUUAUGAAGCUUUAACACAUCAACUAAUGGAAGAAUUGCCAAUUGUGAUUGAUGCUGGAACAAAAAUAUUAGUUGACUGUGUUAGUGCUUUUGCACAAGCUAGAAAACUUUUAUGUGGAAAAAUUACCAAAAGAUAUUUGUCUCUUUGUGAGACCUCAACUCAAUUAUCACGUCCGGACAUUUUGGAGUCAUUUUUAGUUAAUCAUAGUUUAUUGUGGAACCAAAUAACUCGUUUUGCAUUUGCUGGAUUAAACUCACGGAUAGAAGAAACUCAAUCCACAUGGUGCCCACAAGGGGAAAGACAAAGAAUUGCAUUAAGAAAGAAAUACUCUAGUGAUAAAUUAUACAUUGUUACAGAAAAUAUAGCAAGCACUUCCUCUUUGGAUAUGGGUGCAGCACAUGGAACAUUGGUCGCAGUGAUUAAGAAGCAAGAUCCUAUGGGUGAUGCCACUAGAUGGUUUGUAGAUAACGGUGUUGCUCAAGGAUUUUUACCUUCAAAAAGUUUGCAACUUCAACAAGUAACACAAGCUGAAUUACCCAAUGAAGUUACUACUUCAGAUAGAUACAGUAAUACAUCUGUAUCUUCUAAUCUAAUUUGCAUGGAAUCUCCUGAAAAAGAAAUCAAAACAUCUCAAUCUCAUUUGAAAGAAUUAUUAGAGCUUAAUAUUAACGAAGACAUGAAGAAAGAGAAUCAUUAUUAUGGCAACAUUGAACAAAUUCCUAGAGUUCAACAAUAUCAAAAUUUAAACUAUGAGUUUUAUUAUGCAGAAUAUGAUUUUUCUACAAAGAUACCUGGAACAUUGCCUGUCGUUAAAGGACAAGCAUUAAGACUCGUUAGACCUCAUGAUGAGAAAGGAAAUGAUGAAUGGUGGCUUAUGGAGGAUCGUUACGGUAACAAAGGUUACGUACCUAAGAACUAUUUACGGGAUCCACCUACAGAAAAAUAAUAAACUCGCAAAUAAAAUAUCAGUUCAGUAUGUUCAUGUAUUAAAUUGUUGAUAUUAAUGUUCCAAUGCACAUGUAUAGUUUCAUUUAUUAUAAAAUUUUAAUUAAGUCAUUGAAUAAUGAUUAUAUUAAAUAUUAGGUUUAGCUCGAGAUAUUAUUUUUAAUUUAAUAUUAAUACAUAUUAUUCACGUAUAUUUUAAUUUCAUAGAAAAGUAUUAUAACAUUACUUGCUUCUGAUAAUAGUACUUAUGCUUACAUGUUUUACGCUUAAACGUACUUCCUCAGUAUUUAUUAAUACAUACAUAUGUGUGUGAAAUAUAAUUGAAAGAUGUAUAUUUUAACUUUACUUAUAAUAAUGCAUUACUUCUGUGAUACUAUAAAUAUGUGUCACUUUAAAUAAUCUUAAAAUUUUAUUGUUUUAUUUACAAAUACAUAUAACCAGUUUAUAUAUUAUAUACAUUUGAAAUAUCUAUAUAUUAUAUGUAUAUGUUAUACACAUUUUUUAAUUAAGUUUAUAAAACAUCAAUACCGUUUUGCAUUUUAUAUAAAAAUAUGUACAUAUAUAUUUAAUAUUAUAUAUUAUCUUUGUUGUUCCAUAUUUAUCAAAUUAUAAAUAUAUUAAUAAAAUUCUUAUGUCAAUAUUAGUCUAUCUAAAUAAUUUAUUAAACACAAAUCAACAAUUAAUAAUACACAUCAGAUAAUACACAAAUGAAUAAGAAAGGUAGAUUUCUCUGCUUGAGUCUCACCAUCCAAUGAGGAUACUUGCAAUAUGUAUUUUAUGUUACCAAAGAAACCAUUAAUAUGACCCAUAUUUUCAUCAAUAGUUAAUAAUUUGCAUUUUGAAGUAGGAUCAGCUGAAAUUAUUUUAUAAUAUUUUCCCAUAAUCAAAAUGAAGAGUAUGGCAAACAAGGCAUGUAGAAACGAUCCGUUUUAUAAAUAAUUACCGAUAAAUCAAUGAUAUCGAUAGGAGGUACAGGAGGAAGAAGCGCAACAAAGUAAAAAAAAAACUGAAGAUAUAAAAUAAAUUGCAUACUCGAGUACAAACUAAAUAUUGAUAUUAUUGUAUUACAGGCUGGACAUAUAAAUGCAGAACGUGAUCUCAGAAAUUAUUUAUAAAUUAAUAUUAAGUAUCUCAUUAGCUGCAUGAAUUAAUAAUAAUCUUGAGCAAAGAAAAAAAUAAUCUGGCACAUAUGACGACCCGCGACAAUUUAUUAUAAUCAAGGACAAUGAUUUCAUUGGAGAGAAGGUAAUGGAGAGCAGUUUAAAAAGCCAAUUGCAGUUUAAUUAGUUAAUAGUAAGUCCUUGAGCAUACUCGAUCUUUUCGUUAUAAAUUGGAACCUUUAUCUAAUCGAUUAACCUACUUUCGACGAAUUAACGAUUUUUAUCGAUUUCAAUGUCAGUCAUUCGAUACACACGGAUAGAAACACAAGAAUUCAUGUAGAGGAAGACGACAAGGAUCUGUAUGAAAUACAAACAAGUACAAUUAUUUUAAUAAAUCUGUUGUAUUAUCACCAUAAUAUAAUACAAUUACUGCCACAACGAACAGUCAGUAGAAUAACGUGUGGUAACACGUAUUCACGCCGUUAAAUUAUCGCCUAAGUUUACAAUGAAAAAUUAAAAAGAGAGAACGGAAAUAAAAAAGACAAAAGUUAAUUAUACUUAAAUAAAGAAAACAGUCUUUUAAGGUAGAGAUGUAAUAACUGCGAUAUGAGAUACGAUUAGUUAUUUCCUUAUACGCGCACAAAAUGAUCAACUUAUCCUAAAUUGCGCUAUAUGAUAAAGGAAUACUGAUACCUAAGCAUAAUUUUCGAAAAUGCCCCGAAACGUGAUAACACGUUCGAAAGUAAUUCUGGUGUCUCGAUUACGAGACAAUCAUAUUUUAUAAAUGUUAUAUUAUUCGUUAAAUGCAAACGUUUACCAAAUCUACAUGUAAUGGUAAAGCAACGUUUCUUUUCACGUGAUGACAGUUUCGUUCGUAAAACCGCCGACCGAUAUGAUUCAUUAUUUGUACCUAACGAAUUAGGAGGUGUUUUCCUUCCACAUUUUAAUUGCUCGAUUAUAUUCCGAGUACGUGUGCGAAAUGCGUUCUGAGUAUGAUUUAUGUCAUUUAAACGAUGAUACUUGAUGACCUGAUUACAAAAUUUCCCCGCAUAACUUUGUCUUUCCUAAUCGAAUUCCUCAACGAACGAUUACAGGCCGGUA